AUGGACAGAAGGUGGAUACAGAACUCGAACAGAUGCGCAGACAAAUACUUGGAUGGAAUCGAGGAUUUUAUUGAGUUUGCACGUAGACACAACCCGGGUGCAACUAGGAGGUGUAACAACAUGUUGUGGGAGACAAUUGAAGAUGUUGUAUUUCAUUUGGUAAGGAAUGGAUUUCAUUGA